AAAAACUACGACAAGCAACGUGGAGCCUUCAGUUUGAGGACAACUUGGCCCAUCUUUCGAAUGUUUUCUGAUUCCAAAAAUCUGUAAAAUGGCAUCGGCUGCUGUUCAUCUGCCACGUAGUGCAUUCGUUACCAAGAAAAAAACUACUGCUACCAUCAAAGAAAAGACUGUCCUUGUGAAAUCGCCACCUGUAAAGCAUCCUCUACAAAACAGUUGGGGUCUGUGGUUCUUCAAGAAUGACAAGCGUAGGACCUGGCAGGAGAACCUCCGCCUCAUCACCACCUUCCAUACUGUGGAGGACUUUUGGGCGUUGUACAACAACAUCCAGCUCCCCAGCAAGCUCUCCUCGGGGUGUGACUAUUCUGUUUUCAGGCAUGGCAUCAAGCCUAUGUGGGAGGACCGUAGCAACAAGGCAGGAGGCCGUUGGCUGGUGACCGUGGCCAAGCAGCAGCGCCACACGGACCUGGACAAGUUUUGGCUGGAGACGCUGCUCUGUCUCAUUGGAGAGGGUUUCGGUGAACACAGUAGCGAUGUGUGUGGUGUGGUCAUCAACGUCCGUGCCAAAGGCGAUAAGAUCGCCGCGUGGACCGCUAACGCAGAGAGGGCGGCAGCCGUCCGAGAGAUCGGGCGCGUGUUCAAGACCCAGCUCGGGCUGUCCGACUCGCUGGCCAUCGGAUACCAGGCGCAUGCAGACACGGCAACCAAGAGCAACUCUUCCACUCGCAAUAAAUUUGUCAUCUGAGGAGGAGUGUGUGCGUGUGUGCGUGUGUGUGUGUGUGUGUGUGUGUGUGUGUGUGUGUGUGUGUGUGUGUGUGUG